AGUGUCUAAUACACUGGAAAAAUCAAAGCGCGAGCCUCCCCCGUUCACACACCACCGGUGUUGCGCGUGGAGCACAACACAGAGAGAGAGAGAGAGAGAGAGAGAGGUGCCUUUACUCUCUUCUCCUCUCUCGUCCCCUCCUUUUAACUUAUCCACACAUAGAUGUUACAAACUUAGUUCUGAAGAUAUAUAUUUUUUAAAUUUAAUUUGGGAAAGGCGCUGCUUUUGUAUGUACUUUUUUAGCUGUAGUCUACAGUUGAAGGGCUUUAUAAGGCGAAAGAUGUCUGGAUGAGGUGAUUUUUACGCACUCCAUUGAAAUGGAUCACAGACUCUCCAGAGGCAGCUGGGUACCGGUGACUGGGCUGGUUGUAUGUCUGCUUCUAUGUGCGUGUGUUGUGGACCUGGUUCUUGCGCAAAUUCGUUACUCCAUUCCCGAAGAGCUGGAGCACGGAGCUUUUGUGGGCAACAUCGCCGAAGACCUGGGUUUGGAUGUGGCCAAGUUGUCAGCCCGUCGGUUUCGUAUAGUCUCCGGCGCAAAGAGGCAGUAUUUAGAAGUGAACUUGGAGAAUGGCAUUCUCUUCGUCAACGAAAAGAUGGACAGAGAGGAGCUGUGUGAACGAAGCCCGAGCUGUUUUUUACACCUACAAGUGGUAAUUGAAAACCCAUUAGAACUGUACAGAGUGGAAGUGGAGAUUUUAGAUGUGAAUGACAACUCUCCCAGUUUCCCAUGGAGCGAGUUUAAUCUUGACAUCACAGAGUCGGCUGCGCCUGGCUCCUGUUUCCCGUUAGAGAGUGCACAGGACCAGGACGUGGGCACCAACUCUCUGCGCUCUUACCAGCUAAGCGCAAACCAGCACUUUGUACUGAAUAUCCAGACGCGCAAUGAUGGAAGCAAGUUUGCUGAGCUCGUGCUGGACACCCCUUUGGACCGGGAACAGCAGAAAAGGCACGAAAUGGUUCUGACUGCCUUUGACGGGGGGUCGCCGGAACGCUCUGGUACAGCACUGAUAACUAUUACAGUGUUAGACGCAAACGAUAACGUGCCCGUAUUUGACCGCUCAGUUUACCGGGCGAGUCUGGUGGAGAACGCACCGAGGGGUACGCUGGUGCUGAAGCUAAACGCCACAGACCUGGAUGAGGGCUCCAAUGGAGAGGUGACCUACGCGUUUAGCGGGCACGCACCCCUCAAAGUGCGCGAGCUGUUCAGCGUGGAACCGUACACGGGUGAAAUCCGAGUGAAGGGCAUUGUGGACUAUGAGAAAGCCAGUGUAUUUGAGCUGUAUGUGCAAGCAAAAGACAGGGGACCCUCGGCUGUGGCUGUGCACAGUAAAGUGCUGGUAGACAUACUGGAUGUCAAUGACAACGCGCCCGAAGUCAUUCUCACAUCAGUGUCCACUCCUGUGCAGGAAGAUGCGCCACCGGGCACGGUGAUAGCUGUCAUCAGUGUUAUGGACCGGGACUCGGGAGAGAACGGAAACGUCGACUGCCAAAUUCCGAGCAACGUCCCCUUUCAGCUCCAUUCAUCUUUUAAAAACUAUUAUACCCUGGUGACAAGCGAGUUUCUGGACAGGGAAGCGGUGUCCGAGUACAACAUCACCCUAACAGCCCGAGACUUGGGCUCUCCUUCGCUCUCCACCAGAAAAACAAUGCUCGUUCAACUGUCUGACAUUAAUGACAACCCCCCACGGUUCUCUCAACCUUCAUACACAGUGUAUGUGACCGAGAAUAAUGCCCCGGGCGCUUCCAUUUGCUCUGUAACUGCAUUCGACCCCGAUUCUAACCAGAACGCAUAUCUGUCUUAUUCUAUUCUGGACGGUCAGAUUCAGGGCAUGCCCGUGUCCACGUAUGUGUCAAUCAACUCUGACAACGGUAAUAUCUACGCACUGCGCUCCUUUGAUUAUGAGCAACUUAGAAACUUUCAGAUUCUGGUGCAGGCGCAGGACGCUGGUUUCCCCCCUCUCGCCAAUAAUAUCACAGUCAACGUCUUUGUCUUGGACCAGAACGACAAUGCACCUGUUAUCGUGUCCCCGCUUCCCAAAAACGGCACCGUGGCCACAGAGGUGGUUCCGCGGUUAGUAGACGCUGGUUAUCUGGUUACCAAAAUAACAGCGUUAGACGCGGACGCAGGGCAAAACUCCCGGCUGUCCUAUCAGGUGUUGCAGGCUACAGACCCAGGGCUGUUCAGCGUGGCUCUGUACACGGGCGAAAUCCGGACUAUUCGCCGGCUCGUGGAAAAAGAUGUAACAAGGCAAAGACUGGUCAUAUUAGUCAAGGACAACGGACAGCCGCCGCUCUCCGCCACGGUCUCUAUUGUCCUGACAGUGGUCGACAGCGUGCCCGAGUCCCUGUCAGAUUUCGGAGACCUCACGCUCAGCCCACAGCCCCCCUCAAACCUCGCUCUCUACUUGAUCGUGUCACUGAGCACAAUAUCUUUAAUAUUCCUUGUGGCUAUAAUUGUGCUCGCUGCAGUCAAGUGCUACAAGGACAGGGAGACCAUCAGCGGGUACAACCUUCCCCCGUUCGCCUGCUGCUGUUGCGGGGGGUUUCAGCCCGAUCCGCCUCCGGAGGUGUUCAAAAAAUCCAACCUCAACCUGCAGAUUUCAUCCGCGGCCAAAGUGCCCACGAACUGCAUGGAGGUGAAUGGAAACAGCAGUCUCUCCCAGUCAUAUUGUUACAAAGUGUGCCUGACUCCCGAAUCUGCCAAAAGUGACUUCAUGUUUCUGAAGCCGUGCAGCCCCGGCAGCACACCGAGGAACAACGAGACGAAGAGCGCGGAAAACUCGUGGAACGCGCAAAGCCGGAGCGCAUCUGUGAACAACGGCGCAACUACUCCAAACGAGCUGAAGCAGCCAAACACAGACUGGACUCUUACGAAAAAUCAGAACUCCUCCAUCAAAAGUUAUAACUCCAUCAACAUGGAUGGCACCCUCAUGCGUAAGGCCAUGCAUGCUGACCCAGAAAACUAUGUCACAUCCAUGGCGCCUGGACAAUACUGGACCUGGGGUACUCAUAUGAGAGGGGUGAAAGACUAUAAGAUGUCUCCUUCGACCAGUGGGGUCCCCUCUCGCCCCUGGACUCCUCGGUGCACACCUCCUCCCCAACAGCAGCAGCCGUCAAUCCCACCACACCCUCACCCACACCCACACCCACAACCUUACCCAAACCCACACCCAAACCCACACCCACACCCACACCCACCACCUGACUACCACCACAAUGUGUACAUCCCUGGGACACCAUCAGGCUUUUGCACCCUGAGGCCCGCAGUACAGCGAAGCGAGCUCGACGUCCACAAUGCCUUCUCCACCUUUGGCAAGAGGCGACGUCUUCAGAUGUCCCCCCAGGGAGAGGCUGCGAUUAUAAAUAAUGACCUGUACAAUGACUGACUUUUCAAUGAUUGUCUGAAUGGAAUAUUAAAAUGACAUAUAACCUCAUAUGAAAACAGAGGAAAGAGAACAUCCAACUCAUAGAUUAAUGAACAUAUGAUUUACAAGUUGGAUGAAAAAUAUACAAGCGAAAUAAUGACUGAACAAUCCAGUUUGGCUAAAAUGCUGAAGGGAAAUUAAGUCUGAUGGCUAUUUAUGUGACAUGCCACUGCAACAUGGUCAAUGUGUGCAUCUGCCUAUUAUUAUCAUUAUUAUUAUUAUUAUUAUUAUUAUUAUUAUUAUUAUUAUUAUUAUUAUUAUUAUUUAGACAAUCAAACUGGAGCAGCAAUUACAUCCAAAAUGUUUCAAAAAAGCAUCAGUGGAAAAUACUUUUAUAUUUUUGGUUUUAUGAAAAUAAAAAUUGUUUUUUUUUUGUAUAUGUUUGUUCGCUGAGCUUGUGUGAAUAUUACAAAGUAUAAAAAUGUAUAUGCAAGCUGCAACAUGAUGCAGACAACUGUAAAGAGGGGGGAUUCUCCCCACACAUGUACUGUAUACAUUUAUGGAAAUAAAGUAUUUUUUUCACAAGGUCUGUGUCAUGACUCCUAGACAUGCAUGUGUAAUUGAUAAAACUCGAAGCUAACCCCACCCAUGCGUACUGAUUACGCACACACUCAAACACAGAUUUGGUCGAUCUGCAUGCAUGAAGCAUUUAGAUGUAAGUUUCCCAUAUGUAUGUGUAAUUAGCUUGAGUCAAUUAUUUUGGUGUGGAUAAAGUUCCACAGCUACUCUUACAAGGGUGGAAAGCUUUUUGCCUUGGUGAGCUGUUUUCCACAGUGAGGAAUAAACACAGUAAAAUGCUAACAUAUGCUAAUUGGAGUGCUUGCAUUUCCAUUUGCCCGCGGAGAAUAGUGGGGUUCAUUAACUGAACAAACAAAACCUCCUCUCUCGAAAUAUCACUUUAAUUAGCACCAUGAACAC